AAUUAUUUUAAAUCCAAUCAAAACUGUCCAUGUUAUUGUGUUCGGUUUCAUCAAGGGGACAUAACUUGUUAGGCGGGAAUUGUCAAUGGCGCUUUCACAGCUCCAUGCGCUUAUUCGACAUGCUCAACAAAGAGGGUCUCAUGAUACAGAUGAACCCGCAGAUGAUGAUUUCGUUGGAGGGUUUCGUCAUUUUCGACAAGCUGGUAGCUCAAGAUCUAAAGCUAAAUUGAAGCCUGUGUAUACAGUUCAUGUAAUUUGUUUGGAUGGACCUCAGUAUACUGAGGUGGAUCCAGGCAUCAUUCGAAAAAUGAAUGAAAAAAACUUAGGCAGUAGAACACUGAAAAUGAACAGAAAAUCCUCCCGAAGCUCGUUAAUCAGUAAAAUCGGAAAAGAAUGGAACUUAAAUUGCACAUUCAAAUUAAUGAGGGCAGUGAAAGAGGAAGGACGAUUAAGCUUAAAAAUAAUACAGGGAACCACAACUGCCAGCAUAAAGACAGAGUGCAACAGAUCAAAGAUCUAUGUUCUCCCUGAUGAACAGGUACAUUUAUGAAAUAUUGACAUUAUUUCAAGAUUGACAGGUACCCUACAGGUCAAUGCAUAAAGCCAAAACCUAAAUGCUAUCCAUUUAGGUCCACACUUAAAUCUUGAUAUAUAUGUCACAGAAUAACCUUCUAUCAAUAGACAACUUUCGAGUUUGAUGCAUUUCCGUCAAAAACUCUGGUUUUAGUGAACGUCAUUUGUGCGAGUGGUUGGAAAACUAUAAUUCUAUAUUGAAAGAUUAUUCGGCAAAUUGAAUUCUUAAAAUUGACAAUCAGCAUUGCUGUCAUUAGGGAAUUGUCAUUAAGUACCUACAGAACAACCAUUAUUUCUAGUUUAUCCUGCACAAUGACGAUCACUAAGACGCUUGAUGAACGUAAAUAGUGCAGGGAUACAGGCGACCCCUUCUAUCUGGUAAAUGACGUCAUAAAAGCGCGUAUAAUUGACGAUUUUUUUUUCCGGUGACAGAUGAACUCGAAAGUGGUCUAUUGACACAUCAUGAAAAAGCAUAAAAUGGUUCACACUAAAUUUUGUAAACCUGUAUGUCCUUUAUCAUGUUUUUUGUUAAGUUAUGUGUUGGAUACAUGUAUGUUAGAUAAAGAAAAAA